GUGUAUACGUGUGGAUUUCUCUGGUUUUCUUAUUUGACGUGGUUGCUCAAUUCUUUCCCAGUCACUAGGGGUUUGCAAUUGACAUAAUAGGAUACUUUUGUAAAAGCCCACAUAAAGAAUAGGCUCAAUACACUGCCCUGCUCUUCGGCCUACUGGACGUAGGUUUGUUAUAAUGCGUCUUCAAACAAUGUCUUUCCAUCAAAAACAGUUACCAGCUUUUUCACUGGUGCUGUUAUCGCUCAUGCUUUUUGGGUUUACGUCCGCUCAACGAGUUGCUCCGGGUGUUCCACCACAACACUAUCAACAAGUUCCUGUCCAGCACAACCAACAACCACAAUACCAGCAGCAACAACAACAGCAAAUACACCAUGCGCCCAAUGUUCCGCCACAACAAUAUCAACAGCAAGUGCAAUAUCAGCAGGUGCCGUUGCAGCAGCAGCAACAACAACAAUACCAACAACAACAAACUCCACAGUAUCAACAACAACAACAGCCACAAAUCCAUCAGCAGCAGCAGCAGCCUCCACAACCAGUGCAACAACAACAACAGGCACAUUCUCCACAUCAGGCUCAUCAUGGUCAACAACAAGUUUUGAAUGCGGCCAACAUACAAGAAGAGAGAGCUCACAUUCAGGAACACAUGCAGGUUCCCAUCGAUACGAGCAAAAUGUCUGAAGCAGAACUUCAAUUUCACUACUUCAAAAUGCAUGAUUCCGAUAACAACAACAAAUUGGAUGGUUGCGAACUCAUAAAAUCACUUAUUCAUUGGCACGAGCAAGGAAGCAAGGAACAACCGCACAAUGAGCAGGCGCCACAUGUUGAGGAAAAGAUUUUCUCUGACGAAGAAUUGGUAGCACUAAUUGAUCCCAUCCUUCAAAUGGAUGACACGUCACGUGAUGGUUAUAUUGAUUAUCCUGAAUUUAUAAAGGCGCAACAAAAAGCUGCAGCUUCUCAACAGAAGCACCAACAGCAACAACAACAGCAGCCUCAAAGUGGAAAAUAGAGGAAAAUGAACAUGAAAAAAGUUUAAUAUUAUUUGUUGUCAGGUUAUUUCCUCUACUUAAGAACUCUUAGGUUUCCAUGACAGAAUAUUUUUGUAUAAAAAAUGUGAUUUUCAAUUCUUUACAAAUGUUUUUUUUUUUUCGUUUUCGGUUUUUAAGUUUUAUCUAAAACCUUAUAAUUUGAGUAGGAUCAUUCCAAGUAAAAGGCAACUUUACUAUUUACUUAAUUACAUAAAAAAAAAUUUGGCAUGCCAACAAAAACUAUGUUUAACGAAUUUUUUUCAACUUCAUACUCGAAAAUAAAUCUCUACACUUCUUAAUACCAAAAUUAUUUAAAUACUGUAAAAAUUGCUAUAUAUGCAUGUGGUAUGUACAAAGCUGUGCUCAUAAAAGUAACUUGUAAUGCGAACAAAGUUAGAUUUUCUACAGCAGAUAAAUAAGCAUUCGGCGAACAAAAUGAACGACGAAAAAUAAAGUCUAUAAAAACAACAAAUGCGCUUUAAUGUUAAAUGAAAUUAUAAAACAGAAUAAGGACUGAUAGUGAUACAAUUUCGAAAGAGAAUCAAUAAAGGAUUUUGUAAACAAUACACAAAUAUAUCUGUA